CGCCCCCGCGACUGCGAGCUUCUCCCUCCCUCCCUCCCUCAUCAUCCCCCCAUCUCCAUUCCGCACGCGCUGGCUGCUGGUGCUGGCUGCCUCCUUCUCCUCCCUCCUCGUGAGCCGUGGCCCCCUCCUCUCCGUUCCUCUCCCCGGCGGCGACUCUCCGAACAAGGUCUUCGGAGACUGGCUUGAGGAAAGACUGACCUGGAGGAUGUACAAGGCAAGGAGGCAAGCCUCGCUCAAGGUGCGGCGACGAGUCGGCAAGUAUGAGCUCGGGCGGACCAUCGGGGAAGGGACGUUCGCCAAGGUCCGGUUCGCCAAGGACACCGAGUCUGGGGAUCCUGUCGCCAUCAAGAUCCUUGACAAGGCCAAGGUUCACAAGCACGGGUUGGUCGAGCAGAUUAGACGAGAAAUCUGUACGAUGAAGCUGAUACAGCACCCCAAUGUUGUCCGCCUCCAUGAGGUCAUGGGAAGCAAGGCGAGAAUUUUCAUUGUUCUGGAAUACGUUACGGGUGGGGAGCUCCAUGAUAUCAUCGCCGCCCGUGGGAGCUUGAAGGAGGAUGAAGCCCGCAGAUACUUUCAGCAGUUGAUCAACGCUGUUGAUUAUUGCCAUAGCAGGGGUGUAUACCACCGAGAUCUGAAGCUAGAGAAUUUGUUGCUUGAUACUGCUGGGAACCUCAAAGUCUCAGACUUUGGCUUGAGUGCGAUAUCUGAGCAGGCGAAGGCUGAUGGGUUACUACAUACUACCUGUGGGACACCGAACUAUGUUGCUCCCGAGGUUAUCCAAGAUAAGGGCUAUAAUGGUGCGCUUGCAGACCUUUGGUCUUGUGGGGUAAUUCUUUUUGUGAUGCUUGCUGGAUAUCUGCCUUUUGAGGAUGACAACGUCUCAGCCCUUUAUAAAAAGAUCUCUGGAGCUCAGUUUACUUGUCCCUCUUGGUUUUCUGAUGGAGCUAAAAGGCUGAUUCCCAGGAUUCUGGAUCCCAAUCCUUCUACUCGCAUAACUAUCCCACAACUAUUGAAAGACCCAUGGUUCAAAAAAGGAUAUAAGCCACCUGUUUUUGAUGAGAAACAUCAAACUAGUUUGGAUGAUGUUGAUGCUGCUUUCGGAGACUCAGAAGAAAAACAAGUUGAGGAGGAAAUGGAAGGGCAGCCAGCUUCGAUGAACGCAUUCGAGUUGAUAUCACUGAAUAAAGGACUGAACCUACGCAAUUUUUUUGAAGCUGAUAAGAAGUACAGAAGAGAAACAAGAUUUACAUCGCAAUGUCCUCCUGAAGAAAUCAUCAGUCGGAUAGAAGAGGCUGCUAAGCCACUUGGCUUUGACAUCCAAAAGAAGAACUACAAGAUGCGAAUGAAGAACCUAGAAGCAGGAAGAAAAGGAAACCUAAAUGUUGCAACUGAGGUUUUCCAAGUGGCUCCAUCUUUGUUUGUUGUUGAGCUGAAAAAGGCAAAAGGAGAUACUCUGGAAUUUCAGAAGUUCUACAAAACACUCUCUGCACAGAUAAAGGAUGUUGUUUGGGUUUGCGAGAGUGAGGCUGAAGAAAGAGGCUCCACAUGAGGCAGCUGCAGAGUGUCUUUCUCAGGAAGUAGUAUUUUAGGUUCUCAUGUAUAUAGUUGUUCGUUGUUCUUUGUAGAUUCGUCGGGUGCUCGAUGUAUAUAGAGCUUUAGGCUGGUUCAUGACUUCAUGGUCUAGAAGCAGAUGAAAUAUAUACCAGUAGGUUCAAGUGCCUCUCUUUUUUCCCUUGAAGAAGGAAAGGUUAAAA